GAGCACCAUGUGGUGGCUUUCUUCCUCUUUCACACCCACUUCCACUUCCUCUGCCUCUCCCGCUCUCCUCUGUCGCACGCUGCAUUGGAUCCUGCCCUGCUUCUUCCUCUUCUUUCUGGCCCUGCUGCCUGCAAACGUGACGGCUAGAUUUUGCGAGGGCUGCAGCCAAGGAUGCUGCACACAGGGCUGCUGUCCGCCGUAUCAGGGCGGACCACGGCCCCUACCGCCGCCCUCGGAGCAUGUCCUCAAUCUGUUCUUUAUCAGCCAUUGGUUUUUUUGGUGUGUGGUUGUGGCCAUCAUACUGGCCAUCCUAUGUGCCUACUCGCUGUGGAAGAAGCGGCGAACUUUAUGUGGCUGGGGAUUCAACGAGCAUCACACCCAAUCUGAAGGCGACUCCGCUGGAUCCUGCUAUGCGCCUCCACAGUAUAGUCGCUGCAACUCGUUCCAUCAUCCACCGCCGCCUUACACGGAGGUGACCUCCAAACCCGAUCUAUAUCCACUCGUCUUCACCUGCAAUAGCGACACGGGCAAUGGGAAAGGCAACGGCAACGGUAGCUCCAGUUACCUGAUGGUUCAGUAUUUCCGCAACUACAUCGUCCGGCCGGCGGUGGGCGGAUCCCUGAGCGCAGCUAGCACCGUCGACUCUCUAAGCUCCAGUUUUAUUUGCAAUACGAAUGAAGCGAACACCUUGGUGCCCCCGCCGUACUCCCGGGCAGCCAGUCCGGAACUAGGAUUGCAUCAUUAUGUGGCACAUGCCCAUGCCCACGGAGGACAUGGCGCCGGUGCCAGCCAUCUGCGAUCCAUUGAGCAAACAGCUGCCGCUCAGCAGGUGCAAACGGCUCCCGUGCAUCAUUAUGGCCUGCCAAGGUCAGCGUCCCAGCUGGUGGAGCCAGAUUCCUACCAGCCGAGAAUAAUGCCCGUCCAGGCGCAACACUAUGCCACCGUGGCCCUGGGCAGUGCUCCCGGCGGAGGAGCUCUCUACAGCACCCGGCUGCACGCCUCCCAUGAGGAGGGAAUGAGCGUGGGAGUCGGCUACCUCCAAUCCCAGAGCGAUCAGCACUUCCGCUACAUGGCGAACAGCAGUAGUAGCCUGAGCGACAUCUUCGUGAACAACAGCUGUGUGGCGGGCAUAUUGCCUGAAAGCGCUGGUGCUGGCAUUGGAGGUGGAGCAGGAGGUGUCUCUCAGAGCGCAGAGAGUGGAGCAGCCACCCAGGCUGCCUCCCUCAGCAGCCUAGCCAUGGGAGGAAUGGGUGCAGGUGGAACGGGAGCCUCUGGAGGAUCUGGCACGCCGGUUAUUUAUAGCAACGGGUGCAUUCAACCCAAUCCCCUGCAUAGCCUGGAGAAUUGCUGUCAGCCGUCGGCUCAGGCCUCAGGAGUCAGCAGCUUGGCCAACAUCGGGACACCUGGAUCACCGCCGCAAGCCACAAGCCCCACGGGCGAAGUUCGCGAGAUACUCGACCAGAUUCGUCAGCUCCAGGCGGGUGUAAGCUACGAACAGCUCCUGUUGGGCGGAACUGGGGCCAAGCCACGGCUUCAACACACGCUAUCGACGCCUUCGAACUCGCAGCAGGUACUCCAGCCCAUCCUGACCACUUCAGUAUCCAUCUCUGGCGGCGGCAGCGGUGGAACCGGCCUCAGCAGCGGGCGAAGUAAAAAGUUUUUUGGCUCCGGAAGCAAGUCACAGCCCAACAAGGCUUUAUACAUACCCAUGGCGGCCAUUGGAUCAGGAUCGGGUUCCGGUGGAGCGCAGCGUUGCGUGCUUAAAAGUCCGGUGAGUAGCGUUGUUAGCGGAGCUAGCUUUUUUGUUAACCGGGGACGAGUGGCCCGAAAGGGUUGGAUCACUCGGUCGGCGCCCACGACACCCGGCAGCGCACUGCCCCAUCGACUUGGAGAUGAUAGUCCAUUGCUGCUAAACGAGCACGAUGAGGAUGCCAUCGAUGAUAAUGACGAGGACGACGAAGAAGAGGAGGAGCACCAACAGAAUCGGAAUCAUGUGCAUCAGGAUACCGACAGCGAAACGGAGGCGGAGGCGAGGAAUCAUCAUCGCCAGCAGCAUCGUCACCAUCGAGGGCAUCGCAGCCAUCGUCGUGGGCAGCUUGAAUAAUAGUGGGCGUGGUCACAGCGUUCGCCAGUGUCAUUUAGUAGUUGUUGUUGUAGCUCAAGGUUCUCCCCUAGGAUUAAGCUUUUAAACGAAGGCAGGGGCAGCACGCCUAGGCUGAGGGAACGGCAAGUCGGUUAGCUUUAGGUUAUGAAAUUUAGUAAGCGUUCUGGGAAAUGGAAAGCAGUUUACAAAAAUUUGCAUUAAAUAACUUAUCCUGAGCCGGUCUGGGGACUAGGACUUAACCAAAGGCGUUAUAAUAAGAAGAUGCAUAACGUCCAUAUAUUUAAAAUACCAUAUGCAGAAAUUUUGUAUGCAAGCGGCACAUUGCCUUUCGCUAGCACAAAAUCGUAGAACGUUAAUCAUUUUGUUAUUAUAAGGUCUUUUACUAGACCCACUAAGACGCCCGUAGAGACUGGAGAAUUGAACUGUUGCAAAUCUGGCAAACAGGAUUAAUCGAUGCUGCAGGAAUUUCCACAUUAAAAUCUUAAAUGUUAUUUAAUUUAUGUAUACUACUAUACUAUACUUAACUUGAAUAGUUUUUGAAAAGUCGCAACACCAGAAUUAUAUCAUUAUUUUAACAAUCAGUAUUAUUAACAAAGCUUACUACAAGUAUAUCAUUUUUUAAUCAUAUUAUUAUAGUUGCAAGAAGGAAAUGUCUGUUUUUUGAGCUUCCAUGAAUAGAUAAAGAAUUGAAAUUUAAAAAUCCCUUUCAUUAGCUAUUAAAAAAAAACAAAAAAAGCAGAUUUACAUUUUGUAUACUAUGUAAAAACGAAGGAAGGUGGAAGGUUUCAUUAAUUAAUUGAAAAUAACAAUGUUUAUUCCAAACUUUUCUUAAAGUAAGAUUUUUCAAAUGUCGACCGAUGUUCAAACCGAUAUAUUCUAUUCGAAAGACGGUGCCAGAUUAACUUGCAUUAUUAUUUGAAGGCCUUUCUUGUGUUGCACUUGGAAGAUUUUAACAAGAGACAGAUUUCAAAUUGCACAAAUGAUUUAAAUCGACAUAGAGUAUGUAUGUAUGUGCGUGGUAAUAUAACUUAAUUAUAAUAUUGAACACAAGAAAACCAAAGGAGCAAAUGGAUUCAAAAGUGUUUGUCGCCUAGAUGGAGAUUUUAUAAGUAGGAAUAAAUUGUAAGAAUUCAAUCUAACACGAAUAAUCCAAAGAGAACUAAAAGCAAAGGCAAUGUAAAAUUAAGAUGCGUAACGUGGCUAUUUAACAAAAUUUUAAGAUAACUUCAAAUCAGAUUGUAUGGCGUUACGCGUCUUAUUUGUUUAUAUUGUUUUUGCUGGAACAUUCAAAGUACAGAUACAGCUUAAGAAGAUAUGUGAAAUAUGCAAAACUGUGCAGGCAUUCGGUUGAAAAUUAAGAGAAAAAUUUAAAUUAAAGAAUCGAAAAACAGUGAAAAUACCAAAAAUGAGACUAAGGGAACAAAAUCCCGGAGAUAAGGAUGUGAAAAAAAUGGAAAGCGAAGGAAGCGAUUGAAUGCAACAGUGCCUUUCAACUAAAUUAAAACAAGACAACCACAAAAAGGGAGCCAGACUCAAAAUUAACACAAGCUUAAAGUCCACAUACAUAGAUGGUAAAGGAACAGGAAACGGAAUCGAAACCAGAACUGGAACCAUAACCGGAAACAGAACUGCAAGAGGAAGGCCAACAAACCAAUCCGCAAAAAGACACGAAACAAUCCAAUGAAAAAGGCAAUAUUUAUAAAUCUGCUUAAGCAUUAGAUAUAUAUGAUAUAUGUGUACGAGUAUGUAUGAAUACGUGCGUGUGUGCAACAAUUACUUUAAGUGAAUUUUACAAUUCAUUGGCAUUUUUUGGUGCAUCAGUAACAGCUUCCUUAGACCAUUUCAUCUAUUUAACCUCUUAGUUCUUCUGGCUUAUUUCAACGCGAUUCAAGUUCGUCUAUCUGUGCUUCAAUACAUAUACAUAAAUAUACAACUAAACAAUUGAUUAAUUAAUUAUUUAGCACAGCAAAACUGAUAAACGAAAACUGAACACUGAAUACUGAGCAGAGUCGUGAAGGCGAAAAUCUCCAAAAAGCAAGUGAAUUGUUGUUAAUGUGGGAAACGAAAACCAAAAUAAAUUUGAAGAAAAUCCACAAACAAAUUAAGAAUACAAAAAAGAAGAAAGAAAUAACUAAGAGCCCAUUUAAAGUCAAAUAUACAAAGAUGGAAAAUACAACAAUAAAUAAAAGAAUGAAAUCAACACAAGUGUCUUUUUGUAAAGCAAAAUGGGAUAACUUUUUUGCAUAAUUAUGAUCAGAUAUGCUCGUUCUAGAAUUUGUAGAUCUAAAAUAUAUCUACUUACUACUACGGCGAACUUAAAGAUAUUUCUAGAUAACAUGUUCUAACUUAAACCACAACCAAUGACCAAUGAGUUACCCCUUUGAUACCAAUCGUACCACCUGCCAACACAUUGAUAAAAUGUUGUGCCAAAAAUAAAAUAAAUUUGUUUUCAUUAUAUUUUUUUCAAGAUAGCAAAGCUGGCAACGCAAAAGUUUGCAUACAAACUGCCAUAAUAUUGUAUUGGGCAAGGGCUCACCGAUCUAAUCAGUUUCAAACGUCUUGAACUUUGAAACGGUAAGAUUUGUGAAAGCUCUUAACAGGCCAAGUAAAGAACGCCUUUAUCGAGAGUGUCCCAACUAUACAAUACCCGUUCCUCAGGUCAUUGCCUACUUAUGCUUCCUAUUACUAUCGUUUUAUGAUAGAAUUUCUGUACCAUAGGAAAGAAUAGGAAAAUACAUACAUACCUUAAAAAGUGCACGGUAUAUAUAGAAUAAAUCCUAAUCUUAAGACAAUAGUAAUUCCUGGCAAUAAUCUCACAUCAACUGCGAAAUAAAACGAUAAGCAAGCAGUGGCGGAG